GUCCGUCGGCCUGACAACAUGUCCCACCGGUCCGUUGAGGCCUGCUGGAGGCUGCCCCAGCACCACAGCCUCUAACCUAACACCGACCGGGAUGGGACCGAAUCUAAAUAAUAUUAUUCCUGCAACAUAUUUAUUCGGGCCGCGAUGGCUCCACAGACAAGCGCUCAGUUUCUAUUCAUAUUGUUUUGCGUGCUUAGUGGAGGAAGCGGGGACGAUGUAGUCGAUGGAGUAGCGUUCUUUGACCUACUGUCGGAGGUGCGCCGCGGUGAUCUACCCGAAGGAUUCACAAGAACUGAAGGACGAUGCCAAUCUUACUCGACGCCCAAAUCUGAAUACACCGCCUUCAGUCUAAACGAAAAUGCGUCCUUACAUCAUCUCACCGCGGGGAUGUUUUACAACACGUUCCCUGAGGACUUUUCCAUUUUGGCCGUACUUAGAAUGCCAAACGGCACAGAACAGAACCCCGUAUUCGUGAUGUACUCGGAUGCUGGUGACGAACAACUGCAACUGGUAGUUGGAGAGAUGGUCGAGUUAUAUUACGAAGAUACAAGGGGUGACCCUCAAGAUCAUGAGCUCCUAACUUAUCGCGCUAAUAUUGCUGAAGGAAGAUGGCAUCGUCUAGCACUCAGCCUAAAAGGCGAUUCUGCCACUCUUAUCGUGGAUUGCGAUUACAUAGAAACAAUGCCUCUAAAUCGAAAAACUGGGAGCACGUUCAACUUAGCCGGUGCUAUCGUUGUGGGAGUCCAGUAUACCCCAGAUCAAUAUUACGAGGGGGAUAUAGAAAUGCUACAGUUCGCUGACAAACCUGAUAUUGCCUACGAAAUGUGCACAGUAGUUGCACCAGACUGCAGAGGCCUCGGCUACUUUGCAGGAGGAAUUUUUAAUUCUGAACUAGAACCCCGAUAUCGACCUCUUCAUUACAACGAAAUAACUACUCAAACAGACUUUAAUGUUGAAACUACAGAGCAGCCGAGGACAUUUGAGAAUGUCGAUACAGAAAGAUUCAUUGAUAGGAAUCAAACUAAUAAUCCAUGGGAAGUCGCUAGCAGAGAAUUAACAACGAUCAGACCAAACUGGCACAUCACAGAGUCAUACAAUCCGAUUACGGGACAAUUCGUACGUUCUACAGAUGCAGAUGAAAACAGCAUAUUUGGAAGAUUUACGGAUGGCGAAUUUACACCUGCUCUCUCAUUAGACGCUGAUAGCUCUCCGACCACUCCUGAAACUGUUGAAAUAACGCCUAGUCUUGAUACCUCACACAUUACGCCAGGGACCGGUGAAGAGACGGAAGUAACUUUAGUAACAACAGACUCGCCCUACACCCCUAUUACGACCACAGAAGACACAAAUUGGCUCACACACCCGCCGGAUGAAGCCGAAAAUAACUCAUCAAAUUAUGAUUCAUCAGAAACAUAUUAUGAUUAUGGUAGCUCUGGCUCGUAUAAUGGUCCAAGAGGAUAUGCCGGACCGCCUGGACCCCAGGGACCAAGAGGACCGAAAGGUGAACCAGGCAAACCAGGAGUAGAAGGACAACAAGGGUUUCAAGGUCCGCCUGGACAUGUUUUUGUCGUACCUAUACAACAAUCAGGCAGUGAUAAAGGCCCCGAUGUUCAGUCUGAAGCCUUGCGACAAAUGUUAACGCAACACAUGGCUGCAAUGCGAGGUGUUGAGGGCCCGAUGGGUCUAACCGGACCUCCGGGACCUGAAGGUGGAAUUGGUCCUGAAGGACCGAAGGGUGAACAGGGCGAACAAGGAGAGCCAGGCCCACCAGGUCCAAGAGGUUCUCAAGGGCCGCCAGGCAGACAAGGACGCCGGGGUCAUGCCGGCAGGGAUGGCGAAAGAGGUACAACAGGACCUUUCGGUCAAAAGGGUGAACCAGGAUACCCGGGAUCUUCAGGCAUGCCAGGAGACAAAGGAGAGCGGGGCAUCUCAGGAUUACAGGGUGAACCAGGAGCUCCAGGACAAGACGGUCCCCCUGGAGACGACGGUCCUCCGGGGCCACAAGGGCUUUCUGGCGAACUGGGGCCAAGAGGUUUUGUGGGACCUAGAGGUUUUCCAGGCUUAAUAGGAUAUCCUGGCAUACCUGGGAACGAGGGUCUCCAAGGAUCGAAAGGAGCAACAGGACAACCAGGGCCAUCCGGGCCGCAAGGACAACCAGGUAUAAGUGGGCCUCCAGGAGCACCAGGUGCACAAGGACCAACCGGAAUACCGGGCUUGCAGGGGCCUCAAGGAAAAUCUGGAAUAUCCGGACUACCAGGACCGGAAGGAGUACCCGGUACCCCUGGUAAUCCAGGACAACAAGGAUCUCCAGGAGAAGUUGGGCCACAAGGACCACAGGGAAUGUUAGGUUUCCCUGGAACUCGUGGAAUAAAAGGAGAUGAAGGACCACGGGGCUUACCAGGAGACAAAGGAGAUAAAGGCAUAAGGGGCAUUGAAGGCGAGAAAGGAGACAUGGGUCCUAAAGGAGAACGAGGACUAUCUGGCGAAGUUGGGACUCCUGGUAUAGAAGGGCCUGAAGGUCAGAAGGGCGUUGAAGGUCCAAGAGGAGAGACAGGACCAAUUGGACCUUCAGGUGAGAAGGGAGCUACUGGUCCUCUCGGUCCUCAAGGAUAUCCGGGCACCCAAGGUGAAAAAGGAGAUAAAGGAGCUUCAGGACGAAGAGGUCGAAGAGGAAACAAAGGAAAUACGGGUGCUAUUGGAAAUCCAGGCGACCGUGGUGAAAUGGGACCAAGGGGUUAUAGGGGUCCUAGAGGACGCCGUGGUUCAGAUGGGGCCCCCGGUGCUAAAGGUGAUACUGGCCAACCUGGACCACCAGGACAGAUAGGAGAAAGGGGACCUCAAGGAGUUGAAGGAGUGAGAGGCUUCCCGGGAGCUAUAGGCCCUCCGGGAGCUGAUGGCAAAGCUGGAUUGCCUGGACCAACUGGAGAACGGGGCCCUACAGGUGAACCUGGUGCCCAAGGAUUAAUAGGACCCGUAGGAAUAAUGGGCCCACAAGGACCUAAUGGUGACCCGGGUCCUCCAGGACCAACUGGAUCUUCCGGAAUACCUGGUACUCCAGGUGAGGCUGGUUCUCCGGGCGAAGCUGGUAAAGAAGGUCCGCCUGGACCUUCAGGCCCUGAAGGAAAACAAGGACCCGUGGGCCCGUCUGGACCUCAAGGACCCCAAGGAGAUCCUGGUUUACCAGGAACACCGGGAAAUGCCGGAAGCAAAGGAGAUUUAGGUCCACCUGGACCCCCUGGAAUAAGAGGUGAUAAAGGAGAGCCCGGCGAACCCGGUCAUGAAGGUAAUGCAGGACCUCAAGGACGUGAAGGACCGCGAGGAUUUACAGGCCCAGGUGGUCAAAAAGGCGAAAUUGGUGAACAGGGACCAAUAGGGCCAAUCGGGCGUGAUGGCUUAACUGGCCCACGAGGCUUACCAGGAGUUCCAGGCCCUGUAGGUCCUCCUGGAGAAGAUGGUGACAAAGGAGAAGCAGGGCCACCCGGAGAAAAAGGUUUUAAAGGUGCCACGGGCGAAUCGGGUCCUCAAGGGGCACCUGGCAUUCAAGGUCUUCGUGGAGAAGUUGGUCCAGUUGGUCUUCCAGGAGAAAAGGGACCUCCGGGUGAUAUUGGACUUCCUGGUUCUCCUGGUAUCGACGGAACACGUGGACCUCCGGGACCAAUUGGUCCUACAGGACUUCAAGGAAUCAAAGGACAACAGGGUCCAAAAGGAGACGCUGGUGACAUAGGUCCAGUUGGCGCCACCGGCCAGCCGGGUGCAACAGGGCCGCCGGGCCGACGUGGCGCUAAAGGUAUAGCAGGUGAGCCUGGUCCACGUGGGCCAGAAGGACAACAAGGAGAAUUGGGCAGUCCAGGACCAACGGGCCAACCAGGGCCAUCGGGCCCUGAAGGAAAACAAGGGCCAACUGGACCAGUAGGACCUAAGGGUGAUGACGGGUCAGUGGGCUUGCAAGGAGAACCAGGACCUAAAGGUUUACCUGGCCCGGAAGGCCCCAAAGGCGACAACGGACCUGCCGGCUUACCAGGUGAACGAGGUGAACCUGGACCUUCAGGUAUCAAGGGUGAACCCGGAACUGAAGGUCCCGAGGGUAGUACUGGUCCACCAGGGCCACCCGGACCUGUGGGACCAACAGGAAAACCUGGCGAAAGUGGGAUGCCCGGUAGUCCUGGCUCCGAGGGUCCUGCAGGUCUACAGGGUAGUCCUGGCUUAGCCGGGGAAAAAGGCGAUGUUGGAGCUAAAGGAGCUCAAGGUGAACCUGGUCCGAAUGGUCCACCAGGACCUCCCGGUCCAGAAGGACAACGAGGUAUUAGAGGAUCACCAGGACCUAAUGGCGAAGUUGGAGCACCAGGAGUAAUGGGUCCAUCGGGACCUUCUGGAAAGGCUGGGCCACCUGGAGCUCCGGGUAUCAGAGGUGAAAAGGGAGACAGAGGACCUAAAGGGCAUAUCGGAAAUACUGGGCCUAUGGGCCUGAAAGGAGAUCAAGGCGAAGUCGGAAAAACAGGAGCACCCGGCCCAAUGGGUCCAUCAGGCCCAAAGGGCGAUAAUGGACCCAUAGGGCCACCAGGGCAAAAAGGCGAUACGGGCCCGAUUGGUCUUACAGGACCUGAGGGUCCUCUAGGACCGAAAGGCCAGACAGGACCGGAGGGCCGUCCUGGAUUACCAGGACCACCAGGUGCACCAGGUCCACCCGGACCCCCCGCACCAGCCCCACAAAUUCCUCAACAACUUUUAUCAUCUUAUAGAAGAAAACGCAGUAUUGACUCCAUUUCCUCCUCUAUUGAAACCGGCACUGAAGACAGUUUUGAUGACGAGGAAGACAUCAACUGGGUGAAAGAAAUAAUGUCAGGAAUAAUUGUUGCUCGCAGCACUCUGGAAACCGUUAAAAAUCCAAGAGGAACUAGAACCAAUCCAGCACUGUCGUGCAAAGACUUAAAGACGUCAUUUCCUAAUAUUACUGACGGCGAUUAUUGGAUUGAUGCUAGAGGUGGAAGCGGGAGCGGACGUCCAAUCAAAGCCUACUGCAAAGGAUAUAGUACUUGUUUAUAUCCGGAUGUUAAAGAACAAAGCGUUUACAACAAUGACGCCAAUACCCAUAAGUUUUCACAGAUGAAAAACGGUUUCCGGAUAUCUUAUGACGCAGAAGGAUCUGGAGCCAUACAAUUGCGUUUCCUGAGGCUACUUUCAAAAGGAGCCCGUCAAAACUUCUCGUAUGUUUGCGUAAAUACCGAAAUACAACAAAGAUCUGAUAUCCCGAUGGAUUUGGUAAGAGCUAGCAAUAUCAAACUGUACGGUUUCAACUCUGCUGAAUUUAGGGAACCCCAAAUUGUCAAAGACGAAUGUAAGGAUGGAUCAGGCGAGAUCGUAUUGGAGAUUAAAACGUCAAGGACGGAAAGACUUCCGAUAACAGACUUCCAACCGCUAAGCUUUAAUGAAGCAAAACAUCAAUUUGGCUUCAAAGUUGGACCUAUUUGUUUCACGUAAAUAACAGGAUCGACUAAGCUAAUAAGGAUAAAUUAAACAUUGUACUUAAAACAGACCUUUGUAAAUAUUAUUUGUAAAUAAAUGUGACGACGAAUUA